GAGGGGGGCAAAUCUCGCGUGGGUGCGCGCGAGCGAGCACAGACGCUUCUCCUGAGGCCUGACGGGACGGAGAGAGGCCCUCGGCGCGCGAGGCCAAGAUGUCAGAAGACCUUGCAAAACAGUUAGCUAGCUAUAAAGCUCAACUCCAACAAGUUGAAGCUGCUUUGACGGGGAAUGGAGAAAAUGAAGAUUUACUAAAACUCAAAAAAGACUUACAGGAAGUUAUAGAAUUAACCAAAGACCUUCUUUCAACACAACCUUCAGAAACACUUGCAAGUUCUGACAGUUCUGCUUCUGCUCCUCCAAGUCACACAUGGAAGGUUGGAGACAGAUGUAUGGCAAUAUGGAGUGAAGAUGGACAGUGUUAUGAAGCUGAAAUUGAAGAGAUAGAUGAAGAGAAUGGCACAGCUGCAGUCACCUUUUCGGGAUAUGGCAAUGCUGAAGUCACGCCCCUGCUCAAUCUGAAACCUGUGGAAGAGGGAAGGAAAGCAAAGGAAGACAGUGGCAACAAACCCAUGUCCAAAAAAGAAAUGAUUGCUCAGCAACGAGAAUAUAAAAAGAAGAAAGCUUUGAAAAAGGCCCAGCGAAUCAAAGAACUGGAACAAGAGCGAGAGGACCAGAAAGUCAAAUGGCAGCAGUUCAACAACAGAGCUUAUUCAAAAAACAAAAAAGGCCAGGUAAAGCGAAGCAUCUUUGCUUCUCCUGAGAGCGUAACAGGGAAGGUUGGAGUUGGAACGUGUGGAAUUGCAGACAAACCCAUGACACAGUACCAAGAUACAUCCAAGUACAAUGUCAGACAUUUGAUGCCCCAGUAAUUGAGGGAGAAAAUGACUUAACAUCACUUCUGCAGGGCUUUACAUUUACCUUUUUAUUGUUCUAUUUUUCUAAAAGUAAACUAUUGGCGCAUAGUGAAAAUGGUUGUUGACAUCAGUUGGCUUAUGCUGGUACAAGCCUUAAGCAAGGUAAUAGCUGUUCAGAUGACCCCUUUGCUCUUAAAGAUGUAAAUUGCAUAAAUGUGCACACGUCAGACUGUGUUGAAGAAAUGCCCUUUGCAGUAUCCUGAAGUGUCUGAUUUCUCAAGUGUCCAUCCCUAUAGCAUUAGUUGGGAAUGCCAUCAAACAAAUGGUCGUGAAAUAAAAUAGUUAUCCCA